AUGUCAGACCUCGACAACCUCGUCAGCAUGGGCUUCGACCGCGAGCGCGCCGAGCUCGCCCUCAAGUCCAGCGGCAACCUGCAGGGCGCCCUGGACUGGAUCGAGAAGCACCAGGACCGCCCGCUCGACCAGAUCAAAGCCGAACAAGCCUCGGCCGCCGAAGAGCCACCCGCCCUGCAGCCCGGCGAAGAGGCAAAGUCGCUCGUCUGCGAAGACUGCGGCAAGAAGUUCCGCUCCGUCCAACAGGCCGAGUUCCACGGCAGCAAGAGCGGGCACGAGAACUUUGCCGAAUCCACCGAAGAGAUCAAGCCCCUCACAGAAGAAGAGAAGAAAGCCCGCCUCGAAGAACUCAAGGAGAAGCUCGCCGCCAAACGCGCCACCCAGGCCGAGCAGGAAAAGGAAGACCGCAAGAAGAACGAGCAGAUCCGCAUGAAGUCGACCAAAGAGACACAAGACAUCAAGGAAGAGCUGGAGAAGAAGGAGCGCAUCAAGGAAGCCCAGGCCAAGCGCGCAGAGAAGCUCGCAGACCAGGAAGCGAAGCGCAAGGUGCUGGCCAAGCUCGAAGCAGACAAGCAGGAGCGCAAGAGGAAAGCCGAGGCUGAGAAGGCUGUGCGUGCAGGCCAGGCCCCUCCUCCAGUCAAGCAGGAGACCGGUCCUACCUCGUCCGGCCCCACCACAAGCAAGCCUGCAAGCGCAUACACCGAGGCGAGACUGGCGCUGCAGACAGCAGGUGGGCGCGUCACCAAGACAUUCCCCGUCGAGACGACGCUGUUUGAGGUUGCACAUGCCCUGGAGCAGGACGGCACAACGGUCAACACCUUCAUGACCAAUUUCCCCAAGAAGAUAUACGACAAGAGCGACUUUGGACUGACGCUGAAGGAGGCGGGCAUGGUGCCUAGUGCGGCCUUGAUCGUUGGUUGA